CUACAUGUGUCAAGUGACAUUCCAAUCAGAAGCGAUUGUUGCUCCUCCGUAAUUUCAUUUCGUUUUGUUGUAAUUUUAUAUUCGGUUUUGUUUUUUAAUUUUACGUGUUGGCCCUUUUGCGUUUUACCGAUAUUCUAUUUAGAAAUAAAUACGUAAUAAUUGUUAAAUAAUUACAAAUAAAAUGGAUAAAUUACGACGAGUGCUUAACGGAAAUGAUUCCACACCGGAGGAGGAGAGUAGCAUAAUCACACAGAUUAAUGAGAUGUCAACGCUUAGCUGGUCGACACGCAUCAAAGGCUUUUGCAUUUGCUUCGUAGUUGGCAUCUUACUGUCGUUUCUCGGUUCGCUGGCCCUAUUUCUGCACAGAGGUAUUGUAGUGUUUGCGGUCUUUUAUACGCUCGGUAAUGUAAUAUCAAUGGCUAGUACUUGCUUUCUUAUGGGCCCAGUUAAUCAGAUUAAAAAAAUGUUCUCAUCCACGCGCUUAAUAGCCACUUCCAUAGUACUUGUGUCCAUUGUCAUGACCUUUAUCGCUGCUGUUGUGCUUCAUAAAGCCGGACUGACUUUGAUUUUUAUCAUCAUACAAUCAUUAGCCAUGACCUGGUAUUCCCUGUCCUACAUACCAUAUGCUCGUGAUGCCGUAAAGAAAACCGUUUCUGCUUGCCUUGAUGUAUAAGCAGCAGAUUAUUCAAAAGUUAUGAUUUCUGUUUUGGUGCAAAGACAGCAAGUAGCUAUUAUUACCUACAUAUAAUUUGCUAGUACAUAGCGGUUUCUUCAUUAUUUAAUAAUUAAUUUAAUAUUGCAGAAGUAUUCAGUUCAAUUGAUAAAAAAUAUAUACCUUUAGCCAUUCAGCAUUUACACCUCAUAUAAUGUUUACGUUUUUUUAUUAUGUCGUAAAUAGUUAAAUGCACACAUUACAUACAUGGUGUUUAGCUACAAAUAUGCAUACAUCCAUAACGGUAAUAUAUUUUUCGUAAUCAUAAUGAAAAUCUAUAAUAAGUAAGCGUAGCAAAACCUAAAUUUUGUGAAACAGUAUUUACCUGCUGUACGUGACUUGGCUUAUUAUCAACAUACAUAGUUUACUGAAAACUUUUCAGUGUAAUUUAAAAUUUUACAAAAAAUUUAAUAAAAAAAAACAAAGUUUAAAUAUAUAAUCAAUAAGUCGGUUUAAAUACAUGUAUAUAUGUGACAUGUGUGACUAUUAUGUAUAUAUGUAUCAUGUAUUACAACCUAAACAAUGCUAUAAACGGCAAGUGUAACUUAAUUAGUUUACACACAGUAAAUAAAAAUUUAAAAAAUAUUAUAUCUACACUUGU